AUGGCCAACCAAUGCCAACCAUUUUCUGAAUUCACCGUUGACACUGCUGCACUUAUGUUCGUAUCGGCUUAUAUAUACAUAAUCAUGAACCUAAGCCGAUAUGACAAUCCAAAGUAUAUAACCGUCCGUCCAUCCGUCACCAGACUAUGUCCACAAUGUAGUCAGUCCACUGCUCGCUGCUCUGCCACCACAGCUGCACUGCCUCCCACCAUACUGUCACCACAUACCACCACGGAGCACCACAUUCCAGUAUUACCUUCCCCGACCAGCGAUUUAGAAUACCGUCGGCGAGGCGAAAAACGUCCGAUACCACCAGAACUUAAAGACGAGAAGUAUUUUGAGAGGCGACGACGCAACAACCAAGCCGCGAAGAAAUCUCGGGACGCUAGGCGGAUAAGGGAAGAUCAGAUAGCUUGGAGAGCCUGCCUUCUAGAACAAGAGAACGCAUCUUUACGAGCUCACGUCGCCGCGCUACGUCAAGAAGCCCUCGCCUUAAGGUCACUCCUCGCAGCCAGAGACGAGCCACCACCAGCACCUUCUUCCACGACCCCAGAUUAAUUUUCCAAACUUUGUACGAAACAUUGAGGACCUCCUAAAGACAAAUAUUCCAUACUGCCGUCAUAACUAAGAAUGCAGUAAUCAACCUUUUUUGAGAUUUUCUUUAUUUUAUCAGAUUACAAAUCCCGCGCUACCCGUGCCUUCGUCAAAAUGUUAUGAAACGAAAUAUUCCACAUAUUAUACAUGGCAACAAACCAUUGUCUGUGAUAUGGACCUGGGCCCUAAUUCUUCUAUUUACAAUGGCCCAUGAAUUAAUGGACGUUGGA